UAACGUUUGGGUACGACGAUAACUAUGUGUGUCGAUAACGAUAUAGUGCCGGCGGAAUUAAACAAUACAUUUCUGGCAACUUUGGAAACUUUUGUAAAUUCGAACGGGUGCAAAAUAUAACACACAAUAUUUUGUGAAUGGAUCCCAGCACAAUGUGGCGCCUGCAGGAGGCUUGUCAGCGCAACCUCGUCGAGAGGCAGCGGAUCCGCAAACGGCUGCAGCAUCUGACGGGCAAACGCUCCGGGGAACUGCUUUGCAAUGACAAGAACAGACACUGCCAAGCCGACGACUGGCCCUGCUUGACGUCAUUCGGUGUUGCCGAUGCACGCGAGAGGAUGGGAGCGCCUGCACCUCAGCCACCAUCAUCGGGCCCGAAACGUGCGCGCGCACGAAAGCUCAAGCAUAGCUGUAAUCGGUAUACAGGAGAGAUGCCGCCCCUCGAACUGCUUGUCGUGGGCCACCAGUUGCCCAUGCACUCUCUGCCGAUGACGACGACACGCUCACAUCAACCGAGCGAGCACCUGCUGCAGCAGCACCAGCACCAGCAGCAGCAGCAAAAGCAACAUUCACAAAGUCACAAACACAGGCACAGGCACAGUCACAGCCACAGAACCAACAGGCAGCAUCAUCACGCAGGAGAGCGAAAGCAGAGCCUCCAAACCCGAAUGACUUCGUAUAUUUCCUGUCGCGCACUUGCCACCACCCCCACAAGUGCGCCCAGGCACUGGCACAAGCACAGGCCCAGGCACAGCCACAGCCACAGUCACUCUCUGCGAUGCAUGUGA